AUGAUACGGGACAGACUGGUCUGUGGCAUCGGAGAUGACCGCAUUCAGCGCCGACUGUUGUCCGAACCAGAUUUGAGCUUUGACAAGGCGUUGAAGUUAGCUCAGGCGAUUGAAACAGCCAGCAAAGAUGUAAAAGACUUACAAUCUUUGGAUUUUUCAGCAUCACAUGGGAGGACGCCGCAAGUGGUGCAUAAAAUUUCAUCAAAACAGACCCCAAGUCGGCAGCAGCUCCAGCAUAAAGGUUGCUACAGAUGUGGAGGUGAGCACCAUGCAGCGGGUGAAUGUAGGUUUAUUAAAGAAACCUGUCACAAAUGUGGAAAAAUUGGCCACAUUAAGAAAGUAUGUAGGUCCAAAGGCCCAGCUGGUCAGUCGAAGACUAGAGGGGGUGGUGGGCAGACAAGUAGACAGGGGAGAACACAGGGAGCCCAUUACGUCAGCCAGAGGGAGGACGACAAAGAGAGCAUGGAUGCAGAGGAAGUCAUGUUCACAUUGUACAAAAUAGAUGAACUUGACGUACCAGCGGUAGCUCCAUUCAUAGAGACACUAACAGUUAAUGAGACGGACGCUCAGUUCGAAGUGGACUCAGGAUGCGGAGUAACAGUAAUGAACCACUCCGUAUUCAAUACCUUGAGGGGGAAAGAGGCACCAAAGCUACACCCAUGUAAAGUGCAACUCAAAACCUACACUGGUCAUAGAAUAAAAGUUGUGGGAGCAGCACUAGUUAAGGUGCAUCAUAAGGGACGAGUGCAUGACUUACCGGUAGUAGUCGUAGCAGGGUCAGGCCCCAGUCUGAUUGGUCGUUAUUGGAUUCAAAAGUUAGGCCUACAGUGGAGAUCAACCCCCCAAGUCCACCACAUCCUGGAGGGGAACCCAGUAGAGGUACAGGGGAGUCCAGAAACCAAAAUCCACCAUGUUAGAAAGGAAACUUUAGAGGAGGUUUUGGGAAAAUACGGGGAGGUGUUUAAUAAAGAACUAGGGAAUUUUAAAGGCCCCCCAGCAAAAAUAUACAUAGACAAGGAAGCAGUCCCCAGAUUUUUUAAAGCUAGGCCUGUUCCUUAUGCCAUGAGAGGAAGAGUGGAGGCUGAACUGGAUCGUCUCCUUGCCCAAGAGAUCAUUGAACCAGUAAAACAUGCAGAGUGGGCGGCGCCUGUUGUUCCUGUGUUAAAACCAGAUGAGACAGUAAGACUGUGCGGAGACUACAAACUGACAGUAAAUCAAAUAUCCAAGUUGGAGCAGUACACAAUUCUCAGAAUUGAGGACCUGUUCGCUACGCUGGCGGGUGGACAAAAGUUCACAAAGUUGGAUCUGAGUCACGCCUAUCACCAGAUUCCACUGGAUGAGGAAGCAAAGAGGUAUGUGACCAUAAACACGCACAAGGGAUUGUUCACAUACAAAGUACUACCUUUUGGGGUAUCAUCCAGCCCAGCGAUAUUCCAACGGAUAAUGGAGGGAUUGCUGCAGGGCAUUCCCCAGGGGGCAAUUUUCCUGGAUGACAUCCUGCUCACAGGGAAAGAUGACCAAGAUCACCUGCGGACGCUGGCCACGGUGCUGGAACGGCUGGAGGAGGCUGGUCUACGUCUCAAAAGAGAAAAAUGUUUGUUUAUGAAUGAGGAGGUGAUGUUCCUGGGUCAUAAAGUGGAUGCAACCGGAUUGCACCCAGUUCAUGAGAAGGUGCAAGCAAUCCAAGAGGCACCUACACCUUCGAAUGUGACAGAGUUGAAGGCAUAUUUAGGACUGUUAAACUACUACAACAAGUUCCUGCCCAAUCUGUCAACAAUUCUUGCUCCAGUGCAUAAACUGCUUCAAAAAGACAAGAGGUGGCAGUGGGGAGAAGCACAGCAAGUUGCUUUUGAAAAAUCAAAGGAAAUGAUGCAGUCUGCACAAGUACUAGUGCAUUACGACCCAGAGAAAGACAUUGUGCUGUCAUGUGAUGCCUCACCUUAUGGAGUAGGUGCGGUGCUGUCACAUCACAUGCCAGAUGGAACUGAGAGGCCCAUAGGAUUCACCUCAUGAACAUUGAAUGCAGCGGAAAAAAACUAUUCACAACUGGAUAAGGAGGGACUAGCUGUGAUGUUCGGAAUAAAACGGUUCCAUAAGUAUAUUUAUGGACGUAAAUUCACUAUAGUAACAGAUCACAAACCUUUGUUGUCUCUGUUCAGUGAGAUGCGAGCCGUACCACAGAUGGCCUCCCCUAGAAUCCAAAGGUGGGCAGUAACAUUGAGAGCCUAUGAAUACACAAUAGUGUAUAAGGAAGGAAAAAAACACUGUAAUGCUGAUGCCCUAAGCCGCCUUCCUUUGCCCGUGAAAGCAGAAGUAGAGAGACGGGAAGAGACAGUACUCAUGCUGGAGAGCGCUGACAUAACAUUGGUGACAUCUGAUCAAGUAAAAGAAUGGACGGACAGAGACCCGGUGCUCUCGAGGGUGCGGGAGAUGGUGCGAAAUGGAUGGACAUCAAAGCGGGAAGGGGAGGAGUUUGCCCCCUACGAAGUAAGGAAGCAUGAACUCAGUAUACAGAACGAGUGUGUGUUGUGGGGCUCGAGGGUGAUUGUGCCGAAACCAGGUCAAGAACAGGUUAUGAGGCAGCUUCAUCAGUGCCACCCAGGAGUGUCCAGAAUGAAGGCAUUGGCUAGGAUGUAUGUAUGGUGGCCCGGGUUGGACAAAAAUGUGGAGGACACUGUAAAGAGCUGUACCACAUGCCAAGAGCACCGCAACAUUCCUGCACCCGCUCCAUUGCAUCCAUGGGAUUGGCCUGAUAGGCCUUGGAGCCGCAUACAUGUGGAUUAUGCAGGACCGUUUAUGGAGAAAAUGUUUUUUGUGCUGGUUGACGCCUAUUCAAAGUGGAUGGAUGUGUAUCCAGUAAGCUCCGCUACUUCAGCCACUACAAUUGAGUGCCUGCGAACCAGCUUUAGUAACCAUGGUUUGCCUGAGUUGUUGGUAUCGGAUAAUGGCACUUGUUUCACAAGCAUGGAAUUCAAGGACUUCCUGAACAAAAAUGGCAUUCGCCAUGUAACCUCUGCUCCUUAUCAUGCAGUGAGUAAUGGGUUAGCAGAGAGAGGUGUACAAACAUUCAAGAGAAUGAUGAAGAAAUGUCCAGAGGGCACCCUGACAACCAAAGUAGCCAGAGUGUUAUUUAGCUACAGGGUUACUCCUCACACUACAACUGGUUUAUCUCCAGCAGAGUUACUUCUUGGGAGGAAACUACGUUGUACCUUAGAUUCCAUUCACCCAGAUCUGAGCAAAAGAGUGAGAGGAAACCAAGAAAGACAGAUGAAAGAUCACAAUAAAAAAGCGAAGGGACGUUGGUUCAAAACAGGAGACUCAGUGUUGACCCAGAACUUUAGUUUAGGCCCAAAGUGGAUCCCAGGAAUCAUUGAGUCGGUGACUGGACCGGUGUCCUACAAAGUGAUGCUUGGGGAUGGGAGGAUAGUGAGGAGACAUGUGGAUCAGAUUCACACUCACUACCCGAAACCAGAAAAAUGCAACAGCAACCAACCGGUUGACCCUGUUAAUUCUAGUGGGUCUGAAGAAAAAAAUGAAGAAUGGCUGGAAGCUGAGGAGGUCGUUCUCGGUGGAGAGAAGUUGGAGGAGCCAACGGCUGUGGAAGCUGCGAAAAAGCCAGAGACUGAACAAGGAACUGAAAAGAGUAGACCUCCUCUAGCUCCUCUGAGGAAAGCCCGAGGCAUUCCAGGGCCAUCCGACAGAUACGGUCCCCCCAGCAUCCCCUGGGCCAUCCCCUGUGCCUCCCCCUUUGCUGCCAGAGCUGAGCUGAAGAGAGGGGUCAAAGAGGCUAAAGCAGACCACAGACAACGGCUGGAGUCCCACCUGUCCAGUAAAAAUACCCGUAAGGUGUGGCAGGGCAUCCAGGAGAUCACCAACUUCAGGGGCAGCGUCGUUCAAACUGAACAACAGGGCGCACAGCUGUCAGAGGAGCUAAACAGCUUCUUUGCUCGGUUUGGAGAAUCCCAGCGGCCCUCCCCUGUCCCUAACCUGUCCCCUCCCCCACCCAGCGCUGACACCCCCCCACUCACUGUCCAGGAGCACAACGUCAGGAGGGUGCUCCUGGCAGUGAACCCCAGGAAGGCCGCAGGCCCCGACGGAGUCCCUGGCAAGGUGCUAAAAGCAUGCGCGGGCGAGCUCGCCCCCACCUUCACCAGGCUCUUCAACCUGUCCUUGGCCCAAGCCACCGUUCCGUCCCGCCUGAAAACCUCCACCAUCAUCCCGGUGCCGAAGAAGUCUGCCAUCACCAGCCUGAAUGAUUACCGCCCAGUGGCCCUCACUCCGGUAAUCAUGAAGUGCUUUGAGAAGCUGGUUCUUCAGCACAUCAAGGACUGUCUCCCCCCACACCUGGAUCCCCAACAGUUUGCAUACCGGGCCAACCAUUCCACAGAGGACGCCGUUGCCGUAGCUCUCCACUCUGCUGUGAACCACCUGGAGCAGCAGCAGAGCUACGUCCGGAUGCUCUUUGUGGAUUACAGCUCGGCCUUUAACACCAUCCUCCCGGACAGACUCAUCAUCAAACUGGGCUCCCUUGGACUCCCCCCUCUCACAUGUGCCUGGAUUAACAACUUCCUGACCGACCGACCCCAGGCUGUGAGAGUUGGCCCACACCUCUCCUCCACCCGCACGCUGAGCAUCGGCUCCCCACAGGGCUGUGUGCUGAGCCCCCUCCUCUUCUGCCUCUACACCCACGAUUGCAGACCGAUCCACAACCACAACCGGAUCAUCAAGUACGCCGACGAUACCGCUGUGGUCGGUCUCAUCUCCAGGGGCGACGAGGCUGCCUACAGAGAGGAGGUCCUGAAGCUGGCUGAUUGGUGCUCAGAGAACAAUCUGACUCUGAACACCAAGAAAACCAACGAGCUCAUCAUAGACUUCAGGAGGCACAGCCCUGAGCCAGCUCCCCUCUUCAUCAACGGCGAGCAGGUGGAGAGGGUUCACAGCGUCAAAUACCUCGGCGUCCACAUCUCUGACCGCAUCACCUGGUCAGAGAACAUCACCACCAUCAUCAAGAAGGCCCGACAAAGGUUACACUUCCUGAGAAUCCUCAGAAGGUAUAACCUCAACUCUGAUCUGCUGCUGGCCUUCUACCGCUCCUCCAUCGAGAGCUUGCUGACCUACUGCAUCAUAGUAUGGUUCGGCAGCUCCACCGCUGCCGACAGGGAGAGGCUGCAGAGGGUGAUAAAGGCAGCGCAGAGGAUUAUCGGCCGCCCUCUCCCCUCCCUGGCAGACAUUUACUCCACCCGGUGCCUCAGCAGAGCCAGGGCCAUCUCCAAGGACAGCUCCCACCCUGGCUCCACCCUGUUUGACCUGUUGCCCUCUGGAAGGCGCUACAGGCAAAUGAGGAUCAGGACAAACAGACUCAAGAACAGUUUCUUCCCCCGAGCCAUUGCCGCCCUCAACUCCGACCUGCACUGA